GAGGAGUCUAAUUUGGGCCCAAGGACAUUUACCCGAUGCUAAUUGCGUUUACAAAGUUAAACGGUGAUCGGAUGAUAUUUUUGUCUGGUUUGAUGAAAGGCUGUUCAGACAUUUGUGUGACGUGGCUGAAAUCCCAGCAUUGGCUCAUGAUUUUUGGACCUGGUCCCGGAACUUAUAUGUCACAUGAUGUCGCACGUGAUAUAUGCCCCCGUAUUUACACUCCUCCAUCAGCUUUCAGUGCACUUCCAUCAACACUUUGCAGCCAUCUGUGCUUUCUCUACGAUAAUUUGUAGCCUUAAGAGUGCUUACGAUCCCAGUGAAUGAUGAGUCUCAACUAUGAAACCUUCACAAGGGACAGGCUUAUUCACUCGUUGCUUCGAGAUCCCCGCAUUAAAAGGGUUGGGAGACCUUCAAAGAAUGAAUAUGACUAUUCUGAUCUGUUACAAGGAGAGUUGGUGGUGACGAGGCCCAGGGGCCGUCCUAGGAAUACUUCUUCAACGAGGACUAAGAUCAACCUGAAAGAGGCCAUUAUUGAAGUUAUGCCCGGAGAGAUGGCCUCUGGCGCCCCGAUGAAGACAACCAGAAGAGGAAGGGUGGUACGGUCAAGGUUCAGAGAGGUUGCGGCUGAUUCUGACUCAGAUAACAAUAGCAACAACGUGAAUGAAGCGAAGGUGAAGCCCAAGAGAGGGAGAGGAAGACCGAAGAAAGUUGUUCCUGAUGGAUUCUUGACAAUUGUUAAGGAGGAGCCGGGGAAGCGGAAAAGAGGAAGACCAAAGGCUGGGAUGAUCUCGGUAGUUAAAAAGGAGGAUGUGUUCAAUACUGAAAGCAGCAGUGACGAUGAUGAUGACGAUAAAUCUGAUGACCAAUCCGACUGUCAAACUACCUUUGUAUUCGUGAAUGCUCCAACAUUGAAGCCUGCCACUUCAAAGAAAGAGCUGGCCUUGAACAAACACAAGAUUGUUAAACUUGACCCUUUCCAGUCUCCAAAGAAGCAAAGACAUGGACUAAUUCAACUGAUCACCACUGCCACAUCUCCUGUGAAACGUGGUGCAUGGACAAUAUCUCCUCAGAAGCCUGCUAAUGGACGCUCAGGUAAUAUGGCAACUCCUAAAAGGGCCAAGUUGGAAAUGCAGGACAGGUCUGCCAGAAAGAGGGCGAAUGAUAGGCUGGACUACAUUCUCCAAGAUGGACUAAGUUCCGCCGAUGAGGAUACAGAGGCAGAUAGGCGUCUUGCUGAAACAAUCAUCAAUGAAUCUAGGAAGCAGCAACAGCAUCAGCAAAGCGAUUCGGACCAAUUACCAACAUUCGACCCAGCGUUUGUUCCCACCCCCUUACCUUCUUUACAGCAAUAUAAUGAAGAUGGCAAUGACUUUGAAGGAGAUGUUGAUGAAAAGGCGUUAUUCCUAGAUGGGUCAGAUGGUUACUUCGAUCAACAUAGGUUUAAACCCAAAAGCUCUGCUAAUUCGUUGUUGAUGGCCCCUCAGCUGGAUUACGAUGAGUUCAACUCCUUGGUUUUGUUCAGUGGGUUUGUUCACUUCAACCAAAGACUUAGAGUGAUGCAUUUGUACCAAGAGCUAUACACACAGUGGUGUUUUGAACUCAAGUUCGGCUUCAACCUGCUAUUCUAUGGCUUAGGCUCUAAGAGGAAGCUGCUAUUGGACUUUGUCGAGAGUUGUGUGAUGGACCUCUACGGAGAUGACGUGCCAGUGCUGGUUAUCAAUGGAUAUAAUCCAUUGACAAACUUCUCAGAGAUCCUGAAGAACAUCACAAAGCUUGUGAAGUUGACCAAAUCCCUACCUAAGAGAACUGGUGAAAUAGUUGAAUUCUUGACGAGUCAUUAUUCCAAGAAAUACCAGAGAUCAGACAAAGUCGAGCUGAUACUGUUGUUCCAUAACAUUGAUUCCGAGCCCUUAAGGGAUGAACGAACACACGACUACCUUUCGAAGUUAUGUUCCAUCCCUCAGUUUAGGACAAUUGCGUCCAUUGAUCAUAUCAAUGCACCAUUGUUGUGGGAUUCUGUUCGAUUAUCAAAUUUCAAAUUUGUUUGGCAUAACGUUACCAACUUUGAAGACUACUUAACUGAGAUGUCGUUCAAGGAUCCUCUAACGUUUGGACAAUCUAACAAAUCGUUGGGCUCCAAGGGAGCCAAAUAUGUGCUGUCCUCGUUAACUUCGAACUCGAGGGCUCUUUAUAAGAUUCUAGCACAGAUUCAACUGGGGUUGAUGAACGACGACGAAUCUUCGAAGAAGGAGGAAAUUGGGCGUUCACUACGUGGUUCUAUAAAACAUGCUAUUGAAUUUUCCAGGUUAUUCCAAAGAUGUUCAGAGGAGUUUAUCUCCUCCAAUGAGAUCAACUUCCGUACUAUGUUUAUGGAGUUUGUUGAGCACAAGAUGGCUACUUUAACCAAGGAUCAAUCUGGAACUGAGAUGGCUUAUAUACCGUUCACUAUGGAUGAGAUUUCCAAAUUAUUGAGGGAUGAAUUGCAAGAUUAAUCUUGGCUUUCACCUU